UGAACAUAAACGAAGCUAGUCUUUACUCGUGUUACAGAAGAGUACAAUAUGAACAGACAAAUAAUCAAAAUUCUGCGCUCAUUACCAGCAAUUAUCUUAUUGAUCAGCACGUCAAGCCUUAUGCUAAUGGUUCUUUCUCGUCAUGUCAAAAUAGAAGUCACAACAUUAAAUGAAAUCUCAAAAACAACAGUUGAAACAGAAUUACCACCAUUAAUCAUUACGGCCUUCCAUAGAACAAAAUAUAUCACAACCGUUCCGACCGAAACUUCCACAAUAGGUAAUACAACGGUAAAACCCCGAGUGUUGUUUGAUGAAAUUAUUAAUCCACAUCCAUAUAGAUAUAAACGUAUACCAUCCCGUGUUUGUAAAUCUACCGGUAAUCAUGUUGACCCAAGUUUAUUAAUUUUAGUAAAAUCUAAUGUUUUUCAAAUUGGACAUCGCAUGGCUAUCCGAGCAACUUGGGGGAAUUUUACAAACAGUUCAAUACAAAUAGCGUACUUAUUAGGGGAUUCACCGCUUAUCACGUCAUUUACUAAGAUGGAAUAUGAUUUGUAUGAAGACAUGGUCCAAGAGGACUUCAUCGACGAGUAUAAAAACAAUACUCUGAAGACAAUAAUGGGAUUUAACUGGGCUGUGUCUGACUGCAGUCAAGCUAAGUUUGUUCUGUUUGUAGAUGAUGACUACUAUGUAAAUAUACCACUUCUUCUAGAUCUUAUUGAAAAUAUUACUGAAUCUGAAAACGAGGAUGUGUUCAUUGGUUUUAAGUAUGAACAUGCUGUAGUUCGUAGAAAGAAAGAUUCUAAGUGGUACGUAUCUACUGACGAGUACCCUAACAAACAUUGGCCUCCAUACGUUAGUGGUGGAUCUAUGUUACUGUCUAUGAAUGUGGUAAAAGAAUUAACAAAGACCUUCCCUCACGUGAAACAAAUAUUUAUUGAUGAUGUCUACCUCGGAAUAGUAGCUGAAGUUCUGAACAUAACACUCACACAUGACAAAAGAUUUGAAGUAAAAUAUGUCCCUGAAAAACUGGACACGUUAAUAACUAGUCACGACUACGGCUCGCCGAAUGUUCUCGUACAUGAAUGGAAUAUUGACGAUGAAGAUGAUGCAAUAUCAACUGUGGAACAAAACUCAUGAACUUCAUAAGAUGCACAAUAAGUUCAAAUGUGUUCCAGUAUAUCAUCGAUAUCCGUGUUGAAUAGUUCUUUGGUGAAAAAUGCGUAUAAUUCCAAUUCAUUUUGUCAAUGAGAUAAGAAGACAUAUAACAUUGUAAAGGAGAACACAAUGAAACCCAUUUAUAUUUCGCUAUUUGAGCAAGAAGUGUAACGGAAAACAAACUGUAAUUGUUACAGCUGUUUCGUCUACCUAUAUCUAAGGAUUUUAAGGAUAACAGCUGCUUGCAUAAAAAGUUAUUCUACAGCUUAGCUUAUGUUUACCAAUCAUCAAAUGAAUAAUUUUAGCUGUUCGAACAAACUAAUGAAGUAAACUAAGUUUGAAGGAUGACUUCAACAAUGUAUCAAUCAAAUAAUGACAAGUAUUUUAUAUCUUUCCGUAUAUAAAUGACAACCAUUAUCCAACACCA